UGUCCCUGUGUCCCCAUGUCCCCAGCCAUGGCCGAGUACCGCAGUCUGCUGGACGAGCUGGCCCAGAACAUCACGGCCGAGGACCUGGAGCAGCUCAAGUCUGCGUGUCGCGAGGACAUCCCCAGCGGCGAGGGGGACGCCAUCGCCACCGGCCACCACUGGUUCGCCUUCCUGGAGCGCCACAGCAAGCUGGACCGAGACAACCUGUCGUACAUCGAGCACAUCUUCGAGAUCUCGCGCCGGCCGGACCUGCUGACCAAGGUGGUGCAGUACCGCACGCAGGUGCUCAAGAUCUCCGAGGAGGACGAGGUGGACACCAAGCUCACCCGCAUCCCCAGCGCCAAGAAGUACAAGGACAUCAUCCGGCAGCCCUCGGAGGAGGAGAUCAUCAAACUGGCCCCCCCCCCGAAAAAGGCCUGAGCGGCAGGAGGAGCCCCCGCCCCCCCAGAGCCCCCUCCCCAAUUUCCCCCCCUGGGGGAGGGGCUUAAACCCCCCCCCCAAAUGGGGGAGGGGAGAAUUGGGGGGAGGGGAGGAAAUUCCCAUGGGACCCCCACCCCGAAAAGGCCUCGAAUUGGGGGGGAGGGAUGGGGACCCCCCCCAGUGUGGGUAAGUU